AGAAUGUAUAUAGAAGAAUUUUCUAACUAACUAAAUUUGGAUCAAGAAACUUUGGAGAAAGCAAAAAUAGCUAUGUAAUAAUUUUCAGAACAAGAUGAAAAAGUAUUUAUCUUUGGAGAAUUUAGAUUUAUGUUCCUGCUGUAGUUUACUUGUGUAGUCAAAGCUGCUAAAUUCAAUAAAUAGAUGGAUAAACAAAAUAAGGCAAUGGAAUAACACUUACAUAAGUAAUAAGUAAUUAGAUUAUAGAUUAUUCGCAAUUUGGAUCCCUAAGCAGAUAUUGAGUAGUUCUUAAUGUUUUUAUAAGACCUUCCUACUCUCCUAAAGUAUCAUUCUACAGAAUUUGAUAAUGUUGUCAGAUAAGCUAAUUUUAGCUUUAGAUUGUAUAAAAAGUUUGACAAAUGCUUUAGUCUUAUUCAGUAUACUCUUUAUUUUACAUAUUAAAUAGGCCAGUGUAGAAUCCAAGCUAAACUCCCUAAUUUAAAAAAGAAGAUGAUUGUGAUCCCUAUAUAUAAGACUUAAAAAAAGUAGCCUGGAUUCUUUGCAUAAUAGUUCGAUAGAAUUUAAUUCAAUAUGAGGAACAACCAGAUAAUAAUUAAAUCAUUUUCUCUGAUCCAAAUAUUAAAGUCAUUUUGAUUCUAGUUGGAUCUUUAUCCAUUGUAUUUUAAAAUUUACCAAAUACAUUCACAUAAAAUGUAUCAGAUAUUUCAUAAAAAAUGCUGUCUUUUUUUUGUAAUGAUUAAAAUGAAUGGGAUGAGGAAUUAAAAUAUUACCAGGAUUUAUGUUAUAAAUGUAUAAAUCAAGUUGUAAAAGUGAUGUUGCAUAAAACAAAAGUUUUAGAUAUGUAGUAAAUAAAUGAAGAAAAUCAAGUUCCUACUUUAUUUGAGGAGAAAACAAUAGAUUAAACUUAUAGAAGAUUACAUAAAUAUUAUGAGAAGAUUAGAAAGCAUUCAGAUUUGGAUGAGGAAUGUUUUUUGAGACAAAGGAUUGUGUUUACUCCUAAAAAAGAUAUGAAUUAAUAACUAGAUUAUUCAGAGUUUGAGACAUUGUAAAAGAAAACUAAAAUAAAAAGUGAUCCUCCAUUUAUGUAAACACCAUUAAAAGAUAAUAAAUUUUCAAAUACACAACAAGAAUAAACAUAUUUUGACAUAAAAAAAAAUACAAAUCCUCAAACUCCAAUAAGUAAGUGUAUGGAAUUACAUUAAUGGAUAAAAAAAAUCACAAUGUAAACUUAUAAAUGUUUUGAUGAUGAUUAUGAAUAAGAAUUUUAUGAAUAAGCAACUAUAAAAAUAAGAAAAUUUUUUGAAGUUACAGAAGCAUCUAAAUCUUAAAAAUAAAAUGAGCACGAAUAAACAAUAUUAACAUUAUGUGUAGCUGUUAUAGAUUCAUUAAUGAAAUCAAAUGCAGGUUAGUUUGAUUUAAAAUUGCUUAAAAAUUAUAGAUUUUAAUUUGCAAUUUUAGGUUUGUCUUUGUAUACUUAUUAAAUUGUAAUAUAGAAAUCUAACUUAUUAUAAAAUAUGAAAUAGCUCUGUACAAUUUUUGAAAUAAGUCCAUUAGAUUUAUUUAGAGUCAUAGCAAAUUUUGCUUACUUUAAUAGAUAAAUGCCUUCAACGAUAACUUCAUAACUAUUUGAACUAGAGAAACACAUUCUAUUUAAUUUGAUGUGGCAAACAAAUGCUGAGAAUCUAGUAAUAAUAUUUAGAGACAGUAUAGAAUUUAUUUAAUCUAAUGUAGAUUCCCCAAAAUACUUUGAUUAAGAAUUAGUAAGAAGAUUUUAAAACCAUUUAGCAUUAAGAAUAAAAGAACUUUGUAACAUACUUUAAUUAGAUAUUCAUGAUUUUGCUUAUUCAGCAAUAUGGGAAUUUAUGAAGAAUCCAAAAUUAGAAGUAUUAAAAGAUGUAGUUUUUGAUACUGUCAUAAUAUGUACAUUUUAUGUAAUUUAAAAACAUCAAAAACAAAGUCCAUCUUUUAAUACUUUCAAUAAGGUAAUAAAUUUUAAAUAUUCUUAGCUUUACAAUUAAUAUUACUCAUAAUAAAAGUAAGUUUUUACUCAUAUUGUUGAAUAUUAUAACGAAAGAUUUCUAAAUGGAUUUAGAGAUAUUGUAAAAUCAAUAUCAAAUGCUUAACCUUUAUAAGUCCCUAAAAACUUUGAGUGUUAAAGUCCUUUAAUAAUAAAACCAAUCCCAGUAUCUCCUGUUUAUAAUCAUACAUAUAUUGCUACUCCUGAACCAUCCUCCCCUCAUUAAUCCUUCUAUAGGAAAUUGGUGUAAAAUUUAAAACCAUAAUAAUAACAAUAAUAAAAAUAAUAAUAAUAAGACAUUCAACCUUUCCAAAGUUGA